AUGCGCGUUUCGAUCAUCUUGCUUGCGCGACAACGUUUGAGCCGCGCAUGCGUGCUGGUCUCUUUAUCGGUAGGAGUGAAAAUGGCGUCGGUUACAAAUUACAGUGGCUACAAUCAGGCUGGUGCCCAGCAAGCGUACGGCUCGUAUGCAGCUCAGCCCGCUCAGGGAUACGGACAAACACAAGCACAGGGUUAUACUCAGCAGGACUACGCGUCAUACACCCAGCCCGCUGCUGCUGACUCUGCUUACAGCCAGACGGCCUCCUCUGCUGGAGGAUACACUCAACAGCAGUACGCAGCCUCAUACGGACAAACCACCGCUCCAGCUGCUUACAGUGCUGCUCAGGCUGGAGCGCAGGGCUACACCCAGCCUGCGCAGGCCUACGGGACUAGCAGCUAUACCAGCACCUCCACCACCGCUGCUCCUCCUGCCACUCCGGCAUCUUAUGGCACGCAGCCAGGAUAUAGCGCUCAGUCCGCAUACUCGGGAUACGGCCAGCAAGCUGCUUCGGCUCCUCAGAGUUACAGCAGCAGUUCUCAGUCCGCCUACACCCAGGGAGGCUACCAGGCCCAGCAGUCGGCCUACGGUGGGCAGCAGCAGGCCGCCUACCCUCAAAUCCCACCCCAACAGCCUCCAUCUACUGCCUACCCUCCUCCCAACGGAUCCUACUCUCAGUACAGCCAGCCCGGAGCUUCUCAGGGCAGCUAUGACCAGUCUGGACCCUAUGGUGGUUACGGUCAGGGUGGUGUGAGUGGAGGUUACGGAGGCUCUCAGCCACCCCAGCGUGGAGGCUACCACGGAGACGGCGGUGGUCGUGAUGGCUACGACAGGCCAGGGAUGCGUGGCGGACCUCGAGGUCGUGGCCCGAUGGGUCGUGGCAUGGGCAUGGCUGGAGACAGAGGUGGCUUCAGUAAGCCUGGUGGAGCCUUAAGGGAUGGAAUGGAAGGACACCCAGGUGAGCAGGACGAGUCUGAGAACAGCACCAUCUACAUCACCGGCUUGACCGAGAAGGCCACGCUGCCCGAAAUGGCUGAUUUCUUUAAACACUCUGGCACCAUAAGGAUAAACCGCCGCCUGAACCAACCAGCGAUCAACAUCUACACUGAUAAAGACUCCGGCAAACCGAAGGGAGACGCCACUCUGUCCUAUGAUGAGCCGUCAUGUGCCAGAGCCGCUGUGGAACACUUUAACGGUAAGGAGUUCCAGGGCCGGAGGCUGAACGUGUCGAUGGCACGGAGGAAAACCGUCCCAGGGCUGAUGAGAGGAGGAAUGUCCAUGAGAGGAGGUCCGAACAUGAUGGACCGUGGAGGUAUGAUGGGACGCGGCGGAGACAGAGGUGGGUUCCCUCCCCGUGGAGGUCCUCGGGGUGCCAUGGCCUGGGGAGGGCCACCGGGUGCCAACAACGUCCCAAAGAGAGCUGGAGACUGGGAGUGCCCUAACCCUGGAUGCGGGAACCAGAACUUUGCAUGGAGGACUGAGUGCAACCAGUGCAAAGCUCCAAGACCUGAGGGCAUGGCACCUCCUGCAGGAGGAGGAGAUCGAGGCCGUGGCGGGAUGCUUCGUGGGGGUAGAGGGAUGGAUCGUGGUGGGCCAGGCGGAAUGCGUGGAGGCUGGGUCGGUGAACCCGGAGGCUUUAGGGGCGGCCGGGGUGGAAUGGACCGAGGGGGAUUUAGAGGAGGAAUGCGGGGAGGACCUCCGAUGGACCGCGGAGCGAGGAGAGGAAUGGGACCAGGGAAGAUGGAUAUGAGGGAUCAGCGUCAGGAGCGCAGAGACAGACCGUACUGAAGCAUUUCACCCAUUCACACCGAUGAACGUGUUUAGAAGCUUCUUUUUAAUGGUCUUUUUAAUUCCUAGUCCAUAUUUAUACAUGGUUAUCCACAUUCACAUCUGCCUGUGUGGCUUCAUUAUUACCUUUGAUUUAGGAGUUUAAAUAGAUUUUUUUAUUUUUUUUUGGGUUUAGUGUUUUUUUUUUUUAAAACCUCUUUCAUUUUUCUCUGUACAUUUCUUUAAUAUCGUCAACUUGUUUUGUUUUGUAGUAUUAUAACCACUUCUCUUCUCUACCGCUAUGUACUAUUCAACCUGUUUUUUUUUUGUUUUUUUUUAAAUAAACUUCAGCUGGCUUUACUUUUUAA